UCCAUAAUCCCCAAAGAGAAGUGAGAGUUUUGUGAGAGAUCAACACCAGCCAACUAACUUUUGAAGAAGUUUAAUUUUAUUUUACAUUUGUAUAUAAUAAAGAUUUCAAAAGGAGGGUAAAGUGCUCAUGGCUGCUUCUUCCAGUACGCAGGGACAACGGAGAACAAUGAUGAGGACUGGAGAUACACACCACUCCUCAAAGCUGCACUCAAGGGAGACUGGGAUUCCGCCAAAAUAUUCUUAGACCAAGAUCCAGAUGCACUCACUGCCAAUAUCACUAUUCCAGGGACACCGCACUCCACAUAGCAGUUAAGAGUGGAAGGUCAAUCGAAUUUGUGAAGGAGUUGGUGGAUAUGAUGCCGGCAGAGGCGCUGGAAUUGCGUACCACGGCCGGUGGCACUGCCCUUCAAUAUGCUGCAUGGCUCGGAAACACCAAGGCUGCGGUUAUCCUGGUGGACAAACACCCUGCCUCCUUAUAUAUGCGCGACAAUGGUACUUGGUUACCGCUCCACUGGGCUGCUCGUUUUGGACAUAAGGACACCCUUUUGUAUUUAUUGUGUGUCACAAAGGAGGAUGAUCCAGUGUCCAGGCCAUUCGCAUGCCCCUCUGGUGUUGAGCUUCUCUCACUAGUAGUAAGUCAACAAUUUUACGAUAUAGCUUUGAAUUUGAUUGGUCGCUAUCCGGAAUUAGCAACGUCAAAACUCUACGGUCAUUACGCCUUGGAAGAUAUGGCUUUUACGGCGUCAACAUUCCCAAGUGGUAGUUGCCUGAAUCGUUGGCAACGAUUAAUCUAUUCUUAUAUUCCUGUGAAGUUGGAAAACUAUGCUGAUCAAGACCACAAUGGAAGAGUUCAAAAAAAAGACCACAAUAGAAGUGACAUUGAGAAUGCAGUUAACAACUCCCAAGUUAUUACACAGACGUACAGUUGGGCUCGACUUUUAGGGGCAAACUUCUCGAAUUCUGAAUGGAUCAAAUCCGUAUUCAUGAAUGAAAUGGACCAAGUUACUAAUGUGACGCAAGUUACGACAGUGGAACAUUCACUACAUGUGAGCCAAAAAUUGCAAGUCAUGCUUUGGAAAGUCCUUGAAUUAUUAGUGCCUCACAUAAAACGCAUCAAAAAGAAAAAAUUGAUGCAUCUUCAAGCAAUUCAGCUAGUCAAAUGCAUGUGUGAGAAAAUUAGAUCUUCAAAUAACUUAGACGCUUAUGAGUCACUUUGCAAGGAUGUAAUGCAUACAGCUGCAAGGUUAGGGAUUCGUGAGGUUGUUGAAGAGAUUAUUGAAUCAUUUCCUCAAAUAAUCUGGCUUGAGGACGCAGAUAAUCAUAACAUAUUUCAACUAGCAGUUAUAUACCGUUGUGAAAAUGUUUUCAGCCUCUUAUUUCAAAUGAGUAGGCAUACACAAAGUUUGAUGAUAAAGAUGAAUAGUUCUCAGAACUCUAUACUGCACUUGGCUGGACAACUGGCACCUCCUGACAAACUCAAUCUUGUUCCGGGUGCAGCUUUGCAAAUGCAACGUGAGUUACAAUGGUAUAAGGAAGUGGAGAAGUUUGUAAUGCCCUAUGACAAAGAGCUUCUAAACAAAAAUGAAGGUGAAAUUCCUUCAAUGAUAUUUACUAGAGAACACAAAACAUUAGUAAAAGAAGGAGAAAAAUGGAUGAAAAUCACUGCGAAUUCCUGCACAAUAGCAGCAGCACUCAUUGCCACUAUAGCAUUUGCAGCUAUAAUUACGGUUCCAGGUGGCAACAAUAACACAAGUGGCUUCCCAGUUUUCUCAAAAAUAAAUGCAUUUAUUGUCUUUAUCGUUUCAGAUGCAAUCUCUCUAUUCACAUCCACCACGUCUCUAUUGAUGUUCUUGUCCAUCCUCACUUCGCGCUAUGCAGAAGGUGAUUUUCUUUAUGUUUUGCCUAAGAGGUUGAUAAUCGGUCUUGCUACCUUGUUCCUGUCCAUAACAACCAUGAUUAUAGCAUUCAGUUCCGCACUUUAUCUUGUGUUUGGCAACAAUAAGGAAUGGAUUCUUAUUCCAAUGGUUGCACUGGCAUGUCUGCCAAUCACUUCUUUCGUGUCCUUGCAAUUUCCCCUCCUUGUGGAUCUCAUCUCUUCAACAUAUGGCCCUGGCAUUUUCAGGUACGAAAAGUGAUCAGCUCUUUUAUUAGUUACCAUCAGCAACAAGGUGAAGAAUUCCAAGCAUGUAUCAUUUUUGGUUUCUUGAAUCAGAACUUAUAGAUGUAUGAAAAUUCAAUGUUCUAUUCGUAUAUCAUUAUAAAAAUCACUCUCUAGGGAGAGCAAGGUAUAAGUGGGACUGAUAUCCGUUGUUACUUCUUUUAUUCUUGAGAAUGUCCUAAAUUUUUAGAUUACUAGAAUUGAAUCCAGGAAACUAUUUGUCAA